CCUGUUGCCAUUUCUAAACUCUCCUGGCUUCUGUGCCCUCUCUGUAAUCUCAGUUUUGCCUUCCAACUGUAUCUAUGGCAACCCGCUGUCACCUCCAAAUGGAAUUUUCGGGGUGUAGAAGGUGAAAGUAGUCCUAUAACAGGGUAGUGGGCCAUCCAACCUUGGUGUCACUUAGCCAUGAAUCUGUUUCCUCUCUACUUCCUAGAGGGCUCAGUGGGUGGAGACCAGAGGUGGUGGGUCCUGGAAUUUGGCGCAGAGUUACCUGGGUGGGAUAAAUUUGAGGAGAAGUUUCUGGAACCGGAACUUCCUCAGAGGAAUUUCUCCCUGUACUCUGAGGGAGCCCUCCUCCUCGUGAAGAGUUGGGUUUUCUUGGGAUCCCGGAAAGCAUAUGUUCUCUGGGCUGCCAGCCAUGCUGAAGUACGGAGACACGGAGCCAUGCCGAGCAAGUUCAUGCUGGGACUUGUCCUGCUACUUUUGAUAUUUUGGAGACACAUUCAGCAUGAACAGGAAGGCAGCCAUAGAAGGAUCGGAGACUUUCUGCAGCUCUGCUAGCGGGGACCAUGGAAGGGAAGGAGGACGACCUUAAAAGAGGUUGCUGGAAUCAGCCAGCUGCGGCUGAGGAGUUCGAGACCCUCAACGAUGUAGCCAUGGAUUUCACCGUGGAAGACUGGAAAGACCUGGAGUCAGAGCUGGACCAGAGAGACCUGUUCUGGGAUGUGACGCUGAACGACUACCAGGACAUGUUCUCAUUUACAGACACUCCGCAACCCAGCCUGACUUCCCAGCCAGAUGUCAGGGAAGAGCUAGAAGCCACCAGUACUGAAGUGCCUGAGACCAAGAACUCUCCUUUGCAGAAUGGUUUCUUAGAAGAAGACUUCUCCCAGAUUAUGGAGAUAUUUUCCAAUGGGCAACUCAACUUUGAAGCCUGUCUAAGUGAGGAUUGGCUAAAUAGUUUUCUCGGAGACCCAGAAAGUCUUCCAAGACCUGACAUCAGCAACAAGGAAAGCCCCACGGAUCAUCAGAGUCAUGAGUCCAAGAGCGGCCUCAGUCCUGGGCCUCCCCUUUGCACAAGAGAGGAUGCUGUGAUGUCUGCUAGUCCUGAAAAGAACCUCACUCCAGUGAUACUGAAGGAAUCCAGGAGUGACCUGAGCCAGCAGGACUCUGUCCAGGGACACGAGAAGCCAUAUAAGUGUAGUGAGUGUGGGGAAAGCUUCAGCCAGAGUCACCACCUCAUCCAGCACUGGGUUCUCCACGCCCCAGGGGAGCCUCCUAUAUGGCGAGAGCAGCAGCGAGGUCUCAGCCAGGGUGCUCACUUUCCCAUGUGUCCAGGGACUCCAGCAAGCUAUGAAUCCUACGCGUGUCAGGAGUGUGGGAGAAGGUUUAGUCAGAAUGUGUACCUCCAGUGGCAUCAGAAAAUCCACACUGGAGAAAAACUUUGUAAAACUCAAAGUGACAGCAACCUAGAAGGGCUCUCUAGGAGUCCAAGUGACGAACCAGGAAAACAGCAGCCGAGUAAAGACGCUGACUCAGCAAAACCAAGUACCAUUCACAGUCAGGACCAGGAAAACCCACCUACUAGUGAAAGUUGUGACCAAGAAAACCUGCAUGAGAGCCAGCCUGGUGACAGGCCAUCCAUUCUUCAUCCAAAGCCUCUUAAGCAUCAGAAAACUCCUACAAAUGCUAAACGCUUCAGAUGUAAGAAGUGUGGGGAGACAUUCAGUCGGGCCUUUCAUCUAGCUAAACACCAGAGAGCCCACGCUCAGAGACUCUGCAAGUGCGCUUCGUGCCCUGCCGUCUUCAACCUAAGCAAGCAUUGCUUCCAGCAUCGCAAAACACAUUUCCCCAGCGCGGCCUGCGAGUAUCAGGGAUGCAGAAAGAGCUUUAAUCGGCGCUCAUCACUCAUUAAGCACCAGGCUAUUCACAAAGGAGAGAAGCCGAACAAGUGUGAUGAAUGUGGUAAAGCUUUCAACCACUCCAGCACCCUGAAGAUCCACCAGAGGGCCCACAGCGGACAGAAGCCUCACAAAUGCAGUGAGUGCGGGAAAGCCUUCUGUCGGAGAGCAGAUCUUACUGAGCAUCAGCGAGUCCACUCGGGCUUCAGACCCCACCAGUGUCCCGUGUGUGCCAGGACUUUUAACCGACCUUCACACUUGGUUCGAGACCGGCUGAGACAUGCUGCAGAAAGGCACUUUGGCUAUGCUAAAUGCAAGGAGACCUUCGUCUAUAAAGAACAGCUAGAGCGGCACAAUAAAACCCGCACCUUCGAGGGCUUGCAUGAGUGUAAGCAGUGUGGAGAACACUUCAUUUGCAGGUCAGCUCUGAAUUGCCACCUGAGCAUACACAUGAGAGACAAUACAAGUGAGAAAGUUGUGGGUCAGAACUCACAGCACACCGAAAAAUGCUUGAAGAAUACCAAGUGUAGAAAAGCCCUUAACCACAGCAAAUACGUAGGGCAGCAUGAGAAGAUUCAUGCCCAGGUGACAUCCGGUGAGCGUGACCCAUGUGGGAAAACCUAUGGCCAGAGUGUGCCGCCCAUAUGCCAUCAGAGCAUCUGUGCUGCUGUGAAACCAAAUGAAUGCACUGAGCCUGAGAAAUGCAUUCACACCUCUGCCAGUGAGCACCAGCCUUCCCAAAGUGAGCCAUCCUUCAAGUGUAACAUAUGCAACAGGGCCUUCAAACAGAGUGCCCACCUUGCAAAACAUCAGUUGAUUCACAUUACCGAGAAGCCCUUUAAAUGCAACGAAUGUGACAGAGCCUUCAAGCAGAGUAACUACCUCAUUCUGCACCAGAAGACUCAUACUGCAGAGAAGCACUUUGAAUGUAGUGAGUGUGGGAAAACAUUUCAUCAGAGAGCCUGCCUUUCUAAGCACCAGAAAAUCCACUCAGGGGAGAGGCCCUUUAAGUGUGGUGACUGUGGGAAAGCCUUCAUCUCUGGUGCCCAGCUCAUCCGACACCAGAGAAUUCACACUGGGGAGAAGCCGUACGUUUGCCAGGAAUGUGGGAAAACCUUCAGCCAGAGCUCGUGCCUUACCCUUCACCUUAGAAUUCACACUGGGGAGAAGCCGUAUACAUGCAGCACGUGUGGGAAAGCCUUUGCUCAGAGAGCAAACCAGAGGAAGCACGAGAGAAUUCACACUGGGGAGAAGCCCUAUGCCUGCGGGGUGUGUGGGAAGGCCUUCGGCCUCCGCACCCAUCUCAAGCAACACCAGAGAAUUCACACCAAGGCCAAACCAUAGUGUCCAGACUACUGUCAGGAAGCCCUCCGCAGCUGCACUGCUCUGAGCAAACGUCGGAAGCUUCACACUUGUAGCAAGUAACACUGCCGAGAGCCGCUUGGUUACAGCGGAGUCCCAUACUUCUGAAGGCCUUCAUUUGAAGCCAGCCAUUGAAACCAACCCAUUGCAAACCUCUGCUCUCUAUAAGUUCUAAUAAAAAUUGCUGAGGCAGAUUGUACAGACGCAUUCCAUCUAGACCAGCGGUUCUCAACUUUCCUGAUGCUGCGACCUUUUAAUACCUCAUGCUGUGGUGACCUCCAACCAUAAAAUCGUUUUGUUGCUACCUCAUAACACUAAUUUUGCUUCUGUUAUGAAUUGUACUAUGAAGUUUUCCAGUGGUCUCAGGCGAUCCCUGGGAAAGGGUUUUUCCACCCACAAAGGGGACAAGACCCACAGGCUGAGAACUGCUGAUUUCAGAAGCUAUAUAAUGUCAGGAUUUGGUGGUAGACUUUAGAGCCAGUCCACCUGGAUAGAAUUCCAGUUCUGUCUUCCUAAUUAGCCUUGGGGAAAUCAUAAAAGCUUAUUAGUUUCCUCAUCUGUAAAAUGGGCAUAAUAUCCAUAUUCCUCAGGGCUCUGGUGAGGAUUAAAUUUUGAGCAUCUGCUACCUGGCCCACAGGAAAUGUUUGCUGUUGAUGAAGUGUGGAUGAGUGUCUAACUAUCUAGUACAAAUAUGAUUGUACGAUAAAGACAAAUAGUAAAGUGUUCGCUGUGGUUAAUGUU